UAUUCAUCAAGAAAGAAAAUGCUGACAAGUUCCUGGAAAGAACAAAACGUGCUAACUCCUUUCUGGAGGAACUGAAGAAAGGGAAUAUCGAAAGAGAAUGCAAUGAGGAGCGCUGCUCGAAAGAAGAAGCAAGAGAAGCCUUUGAAGACCAGGAGAAAACGGAGGAAUUCUGGAACAUCUAUGUAGAUGGGAACCAGUGCAGCUCAAAUCCUUGUCACUAUGGUGGACAUUGUAAAGAUGGAAUUGGUUCCUACACUUGCUCAUGCUUGGAUGGUUAUCAAGGCAAGAACUGUGAAUUUGUCAUACCAAAGUACUGCAAAAUAAACAAUGGUGACUGUGAGCAGUUCUGCAGCAUCAAAAAAAGUGUGCAGAAGGAUGUUUUGUGUUCCUGUGCCAAAGGGUAUGUUCUAGCAGAGGAUGGGAAGCGCUGUGUUUCAUCAGUAAAGUAUCCUUGCGGAAAAGUUUUUGUGAAAAGAAGAAAAAGGUCGAUUAUUCUACCUGUGGAUAAUAGCAAUGUAACUAGUGAUCAGGAUGUCCCUCCCACAAAUGGAACGGUUUUGGAGGAGGACUUUGUUACUACCACAGAAAGCCCAACUGUCCGUCCUGGCAAUGGGACAAGUAGCAAGACUCCGUAUGUCAAUACCAGGAUAGUAGGUGGUGAUGAGUGUCUUCUUGGAGAGUGUCCAUGGCAAGCUGUUCUGUUAAAUGAGGCAGGGGAAGAGUUUUGUGGUGGAACCAUUUUGAAUGAAAAUUUUAUACUUACUGCAGCUCAUUGCAUGAACCAAUCUAAAGAAAUCAAAGUUGUUGUUGGUGAAGUGGACAGAGAAAAGACAGAACAGUCUGAAACAAUGCAUACCGUAGACAAAAUACUUGUUCACUCUAAAUACAUCGCCGAGACGUACGAUAAUGACAUAGCCUUGAUAAAGCUGAAGGAACCUGUAACGUUUUCCGAGUACGUUAUCGCAGCGUGCCUCCCCGAAGCAGACUUUGCCAAUGAAGUUCUGAUGAACCAGAGAUCUGGGAUGGUUAGUGGCUUCGGGCGUGAAUUUGAAGGCGGACGACUAUCCAAAAAACUGAAAGUGCUGGAAGUCCCCUAUGUCGAUAGGAGCACUUGCAAGCAAUCCACUAACUUUGCAAUAACAGAAAACAUGUUCUGCGCAGGUUAUGAAACAGAGCAGAAGGAUGCUUGCCAAGGAGACAGUGGAGGCCCUCAUGUCACCAGAUACAAGGAUACUUACUUCGUUACUGGAAUCGUUAGCUGGGGAGAGGGAUGUGCAAAGAAAGGCAAAUAUGGUGUCUAUACCAAGCUGUCCAGGUUCUUACGCUGGGUAAGAACGGUCAUGAGACAGAAUUUUUAG